AUGUCUGCCCCUCGCCGCGCCGCCCUUCAUGGCGCGCGCCGCGCGUCGUAUCGCGGGGCCGACACAUCAACGCCGCGCCCCGCCACACGAUCUCCACCCUAUAACGCGUCCAAUCGACGUGUCACUCGUGGUCGGUCGUCCGACCCGCGCAGGCCGCUGACACCCGUCGGCGGCUCGCCACGGUCUUCGCGGCGCGCGCGACACCUCGGUGCUGCGCGCGCCGCACUGCAAGACUGA